UUCAAUUAUAUUAUCGUCUAUCUCAUUAUAUCUUCUCUCUCUCGUAUUAUUAAACUUCGGAUACUCAUGGCUUCUAAAGAAACCCAAACUAGCGAAAUAACAGCCAUUAAUCCUACUACAACUCCCUCUAAACAACCCUAUGGAUUACAAAGUUUCACAGACAAGUUUUACAUGGAAUAUGCACGCAAUAUACAAGAGAUCAAGAACGUAAUGAACAAUAUUAUUUUAGCUGAUUAUGAUCAUCAACACUCCAUAGAAGGUUUGAACUUGGUCAACGCUGUGCUAAGACUCGGCAUUGACUACCACUUCCAAGAUGAGAUUAACGCUAUCCUUGAAAGGGAACAUCUAAAGAUCAGUAGUGGUGAUGACGAUGUUGUUAACCAUGGCUUUUACAAUAAUAAUAAUGUUCAAGACUACCUCUACGACGUUUCUCUUCGUUUUCGAUUACUGAGACAAGGAGGCUAUGACGUCUCUACAGAUGUGUUUAACGAGCUGAAGGACAAAAAGGGAAAUUUCAAUCCUUCAGUGGCUGAAGACAGAGAGGGACUAAGAGAGUUGUUUGAAGCCUCACAAGUAAGAAUAGAAGGAGAACACGUGCUAGAGGAAGCUGAGGUCUUCAGUGGCCAACACCUAAAAGAAUGGGCAAAUCGUAAUAAUCAUACAAGUGAAGCUCGGACUAUUCAAGUAACGUUAGAGCAGCCAUGUCAUAAAAGCUUGGCCAGGAUCACUGCCCCAAACUUUUUGGAGAGUUUAUUCCCGGCCACCAGACACCAAGGCUGGAUGACCCUUUUACUGAAACUGGCCACAACAGACUUCAAAAUAGUUCAGUCCAUUCACCGAAUGGAAAUUGUUCAAGUUUCCAAAUGGUGGAAAGAGCUUGGAUUGGCUAAGGAGUUGAAAUUUGCAAGAGACCAACCAUUAAAAUGGUACCUCUGGACAGUGGCAAGUCUAGCAGAUCCAAGCUUGUCUGAGGAGAGGAUUGAACUUACGAAACCCAUUUCUCUUGUCUACAUAAUAGAUGAUAUUUUUUAUGUUCAUGGGACACUAGACGAACUCACACUUUUCACAAACGCAGUUAAUAAAUGGAAUAUAACCGCUAAUAAAGAGCAGUUACCAGACUACUUGAAGAUAUGUUUCAAGGCACUUGAUGGUAUAACCAACGAAAUUAGCCACGUGGUGUACAGAAAACAUGGAUGGAAUCCCGUUGACUCCUUAAGAAAAUCGUGGGGAAAACUAUGCAAUGCGUUCUUAUUAGAAGCACAGUGGUUUGCUUCUGGGAAGUUACCAAAUGAAGAGGAGUAUUUGAAGAACGCGAUUGUGAGUUCAGGGGUCCAUGUGGUGCUAGUUCAUAUGUUCUUUCUCUUAGGUCAAGGUAUAUCAAAGGAAGCUGUAAACUUACUCGACGACAUUCCAGGCCUUGUGUCUUCUACAGCCGCAAUCCUCCGUCUUUGGGAUGACUUGGGAAGUGCCAAGGAUGAAUAUCAAAAUGGGCAUGAUGGGUCCUACGUUGAAUGCUACAUGAAAAAACACCAAGGUUGUUUGGUGGAAGAAGCAAGAGACCAUGUGAUCAGUAUGAUUAAAAAUGAGUGGGAACGCCUCAAUAAGGAGUGUUUCUCUUCAAAGCACUUUCCAAUGUGCUUUAAAAAGGGUUGUCUUAAUGCUGCUCGGAUGGUUCCAAUAAUGUAUGACUAUGAUGAUAAUCAUCGCCUUCCAGGCCUCGAGGACUAUAUCAAAUCACUUCUCUCUGAAACAAUUAAAUAGAUUAUUAUUAGUUGAAAAAAACAUGGUUGAAAGUAAUUAUAUAUUUUUAAAAAAAUAAUUAAAGUGUGGUUGUUGUAAUUAUGACUUUAUAUAUAUAUCCGUUCAAAUAAGAGCUAAAGCCGUUGUUACAUUUAUGAGCUGUUUAUUAUGUACCGUUCAACAUGAUCGGCUUUGUUUUCUUAAUUUAUACCUAAAUAUCAACUAGUAUGUAUAUGUUUGCUGCUUAAUUAUAGGAUUAAGAAAGCUA